GCAGAAGGGACGGGGUCGUUAGAUCAAAACUCAAAAAGUAAAUACUAACAGUAAAAGAAAACCCUAGCCGUUCCCCCACUAAACCCCGGAACCUCGAUUUCGGUUAAGGUUGCACAACCGAACCAUCGUUCUCUGUUCAGGAAUUUUUAGCUUUAGCAGCAACCUUCGUUGGGAGAACGAUAUGGUUUGGUUUCAAUGCGAGGACUGCGGCGACAACCUCAAGAAGCCCAAGUUGGCUGGUCACUUCCGAAGCUGCUCCGCUUACAGGUUAUCAUGCAUUGACUGUGGUGAAACUUUUGGCCAAGACACCGUUCAGAACCACACUCAGUGUAUGACCGAAGCGGAAAAGUAUGGUCCAAAGGGGCAAGUCAAGAAUGGUGCACCUGCAAAGCCUAACAAGGAUGGCAACAAGCAAAAGCCUGAUGUUGAUAUCAAUGUCGGUUUGUCCGAACGCCCUCCAUGGUUUUGUAGUCUUUGCAAUACACAAGCUACCAGCAAGCAAACACUUCUUCUCCAUGCCGAUGGGAAGAAACAUCGGGCAAAAGCCCGAGCAUACCAUGCUUCUAAGCAACCACCGCCCCAGACAGACAAAUCUGCACCUGAUGCUAAGAUUGUGUCGGAGGCUGCUCCUAAUGAGGCUACAGACGGCAAAAAUGCAGAGCAGCCAAAAUUAGAAGAGUCUUCUAAACAAGAUAAUUUGAAAUCAGGGGACAAAAUUUCUUCAGCAAAAAAGAGGAAACUUGAAGCGUCGGAGGGUGAUCUUAUUAAAAAAUGCAGGAAUGACAUUUCUGUUGACACUGGAAAUGGAGAAGUUAUUCAGGGUGAAGAAGCAGAAGGGAAAGUAGAAUCUGCUGUCAAAAAUAAAAUUAAGUGGAAGAAGUUUAUCAAAUCAGCUCUGAAAUCUAUGAUCAUAUAGAUAUGAUGACUUUAAGAUUGGACCUAACUAGAGCUUCUACCAUGGGCUGUAAUGAGCUUGCUCAGCAACCUGAUGGAACUUUGAAGAUGAAGAAACUGAAAAAAGUUGUCCUUAAGGCACUGCAGGAAUCUGGCGUCGUAGUGGAUGAAACUGAGUUCAGUGAGGCACUUCAGCAGAAAAUAAACUCCAGCUCUAGAUUUGCUGUUGAGGGCAAGUAUGUGCAAUUGGUGGCCAAAGACUGAAUGCAUCAACUUAUGAUUGAGUCCUAGGAGUUUUUCGAGAAUCUCUUGCUGCUGGUUCCUUUAUGUUUCAAAACAUAUGGACUGUCGAAGAGAAGUGAAACUUGUAUUCAUCCCCUCUUCGCCCACAUUUUUGUCCUUCCUGAAAAGAAUUGUGAGAAGAUUCACUAUUGUUUUGCUCAGAUGUUCAAGAUACAGAUUUUUGUUUGGACUUUAGCAAAUAGAUACAGAAUUUGCAGGAUAUGCAUGUUCUUGAUUGUGUGACUUAAUGUGAAGAUAUUCUAUUUAAUUUUAGGCAAGUUUCAGUCAAGUGAUUGUAUUAAACACAGCUCUAUUAUUGCUAGCAUCUUGAAGUUCUGU